GCCCAAGACGUUGAACAGAAAUCAGAGACAGAGCUGGGAAUAUAAAGACGAGGAGAGCUUGUAAUUUUUUGAAAUCAUUUUUCUGUUUACAUACGAGAGUCACCACCACGACAAAUCAAGCUUCCAUGAUGACUGAGAAGUAAAAAGAUCCAACUCCACCCAGGCAACCAGCAUUACCAGCUUUGAAGUUUGAGCUCAAAACCCGAAGUUGUGUGUGUGAGAGAGAAAUUAACAUUCUCGAAAAUCUUGUGGGUUUGAGUGAUUGUUUCUUUUGAGAAGAGUGGUCUGGAAGCUUGUGGAUAACAUGAGUAAUUGGCUGGGGUUUUCUUUGAGUCCACACCUUAGGAUUGAUGAAGGGUUUGGGAGAGAAACCCAAGACCAUGGAGGCUUUCCUGCUCACUUGUCUGUCAUGCCCUUGCGCUCUGACGGUUCUCUUUGUGCUGCUGAUCCUUUCAGGCGUUCCAGUGGCGCUGAUGAUUGGAGAUUUGAGAAUUCAAUGGGUGCAGCAAAUCCAAAUGAAGAGGGCCCAAAGCUUGAAGAUUUCUUAGGUUGUUGUUACUCCAGCUCUCCACCUGAUGAAACCAAAGUUUACUGCCAAACCCGAGAGGACCAUGACCAAAACAAUAUCUCCAAAAUCAAUGUGAACAUAGCCCCCAGCUUCAACACAAACGGAGAAAUAGAACCGGGAGAGAAUCUCUCAAACUCUUCUUCCUUACUCCAUCCAGCUUACCCGUACAAUGAAAACCCACAAACCCUACUCACUGGUAAUGGUAUGUACAAGUCUUGGUUGGGCCAAACACUAUUUUCCGAUGGAAAAUCUUUUGCCGAGGCAAAUGGGUGCAGCUUUCAGUCACUAUCUCUUGCCAUGAGCCCGAGUGCACAGAAUGGAUUGGAUGCAAUUUCACCUUUGCAAGUGACUGAUAGCCGCAAGCGACCCGUGGCAAAGACUCUUGCCAGAGAACCAGUUCCUCGGAAAUCUAUAGAUACUUUUGGGCAGAGAACCUCUCAGUAUCGUGGCGUUACGAGACAUAGAUGGACAGGGAGAUACGAGGCCCAUCUGUGGGAUAACAGCUGCAGAAAAGAGGGGCAGACUAGGAAAGGAAGGCAAGUUUAUCUGGGUGGUUAUGACAAGGAAGAGAAGGCAGCAAGGGCUUAUGAUUUAGCUGCACUCAAAUAUUGGGGUCCAACUACUCACAUAAAUUUCCCACUAAGCACCUACGAGAAAGAACUUGAAGAAAUGAAGAACAUGACUAGGCAAGAAUUUGUUGCCAACUUGAGAAGGAAGAGCAGUGGGUUUUCAAGAGGAGCAUCCGUGUAUAGAGGAGUGACAAGACACCAUCAGCACGGGAGGUGGCAAGCUAGAAUUGGAAGGGUUGCGGGAAACAAAGACUUGUACCUUGGAACAUUUAGCACACAAGAGGAAGCGGCUGAGGCUUACGACAUUGCAGCAAUUAAGUUUAGGGGAACAAGUGCUGUUACAAAUUUUGAUAUGAGUAGGUAUGACGUGAAGAGAAUUUGCUCAAGCUCGACGCUGAUUGCCGGUGACCUCGCAAAACGUUCGCCAAAAGACUCAACUCCGGCGGCCCUUGAGGACUUGAUCAAUUCUCGUGCCUCAUCCACCUCCCCUCCACAACCCCUUUUGACCAUAACAAGCAACGAGCCCUCAGAUGAUUUGGGCGACAUGUUGUGGACAUCGAACAACAACGAGGAACAUUUACUUGAACAACACCAUCAUGAGAAUACAAACACCAACAGUACUGAUGCAACCUUUGUGGCUUCUAGCAGCAGGAAUUCUUCAAACCCACCAAGCCCUGCAAGAUGCUCUUUUGGAACAAGUAAUAGUGAUUUUGGAAUUGGUGCAAGUGACUAUUCUCAUGUCUACUUUUCCCUGCAAGGGCCGAAGUAUGAAAUGGGCAAUAGUGGUGGGAAUGAGCAUGGGAUGCCUAUGGGAUGAAAUGUGGCCUUGCUUUGGUCCAUCAGAUUCAGCCCCAUACAUGUUUGCAUUUGUACGUGGGAAUGGGCAAGGGAAAAAAUGGCUACUAUGAUUUGAGAAAAGAAAUUGGUAAACGGUAUAGCUAAGAUAGAACGUAGGAUUCUCCAUGUCUUUUAGGUUUUUUAUGCAAUAUUGCAGCGUAUGCUUUCAGGUUUUCUUUCAAAAUGAUAUCAAAAGAAAGUGGGGAAGACUGAUCAAGUGUUGGUUUA